AGCCGGAAGCGGCGGAUUUCCGGCUGAGGCCACCAUCUCGCCGUGAGACAGCAGGAGCGGCUGCCGAGCGAUGUUGUCCUCCCCAGCCGUGUACUCGGGCCCCGGCAGAGACCUGGCGAUGGAGCCUCACAGCGUCGCGGGCCCUGUGAAGCUGCGCUUUUCGCCCUACGCUUUCAACGGAGGUACUGUGUUGGCAAUUGCUGGAGAAGAUUUUUCGAUUGUUGCUUCUGAUACUCGAUUGAGUGAAGGGUUUUCAAUUCACACCCGGGACAGCCCCAAAUGUUACAAAUUAACAGACAAAACAGUCAUUGGAUGCAGUGGUUUUCAUGGAGACUGUCUUACCCUGACAAAGAUUAUUGAAGCAAGACUAAAGAUGUACAAGCAUUCCAAUAACAAGGCCAUGACAACGGGGGCCAUUGCUGCGAUGCUGUCCACGAUCCUCUAUUCCAGGCGCUUCUUCCCAUACUAUGUCUACAACAUCAUCGGGGGCCUUGAUGAAGAAGGGAAGGGAGCCGUGUACAGCUUUGACCCGGUGGGGUCCUACCAGAGAGACUCCUUCAAGGCCGGAGGCUCGGCGAGUGCCAUGCUGCAGCCCCUGCUCGACAACCAGGUUGGCUUCAAGAAUAUGCAGAACGUGCAGCACGUGCCCCUGACCCUGGAGAGGGCCCUGCGGCUUGUGAAAGACGUCUUCAUCUCCGCUGCUGAGCGCGACGUGUACACAGGGGACGCGCUCAGGAUCUGCGUUGUGACCAAGGAGGGCAUCACGGAAGAGACCGUUCCCCUGAGGAAGGACUGACCAGCUGUUUUAUUAAAAAAUAAACUCUGAAGUGCUCGUUUUGUUAGGA